UAUAAAAUAUCCGAUCAGUCGUAAUUUGGUAGUUGCCUUUUUGGUUACAGUAUUGAAGAUUUUCAUAGCAUUUUCCUAAACAUGGGGCGCUUUGAGAUUUUUGUGUUUUUUGUUGCACUCACAACGUUCGUUUCAUCGCAAUUUAGUGAAGACUUUGGUGACAAGUACAAGUUAUCAUGGGAAGUCAACGCCACAAAAAUCGUGUUUACGGCCAAAGUGAAUGGGACUGGCUGGGUGGGGAUUGGGCUGAAUGAUAAAGAGGGAUUUGGUGAGGCUGAGGUUAUGAUUGGGGGAUGGGACGAAAGGCCCCCACCCACAACUGCGGCGCCCACGACUGCGGCGCCCACAACUGCGGCGCCAACAACGACUGCAGCGCCCGAUACGACGACUGCAGCGCCCGAUACGACGACUGCAGCGCCCGAUACGACGACUGCAGCGCCCGACACGACGACCGCAGCGCCCGAUACGACGACUGCAGCGCCCGAUACCACGACCGCAGAGCCCGAUACCACGACCGCAGAGCCCGAUACCACGACCGCAGAGCCCGAUACCACGACCGCAGAGCCCGAUACCACGACCGCAGAGCCCGAUACUACGACCGCAGAGCCCGAUACCACGACCGCAGAGCCCGAUACCACGACCGCAGAGCCCGAUACCACGACCGCAGAGCCCGAUACCACGACCGCAGAGCCCGAUACCACGACCGCAGAGCCCGAUACCACGACCGCAGAGCCCGAUACCACGACCGCAGAGCCCAUGUCAGAUGCUAUGAUCUACCGCCAUCAAAACCCUCGAGCAGACUAUCCCCAAUACGAACAAGGACGCAUCGGAAAUUCAGAUAAUACGCUUGGCGGCGCCUACACCGGCAGCGCCUGGACCUUUCUUGGUGCCAAUCAAACGGAGGAGGGCACAGCAGUUUACACAUACGUCCAAUGGGCACGUGACCUUGAAACGUCUGGGACGGGCAUCAAAAUUGUCGAUGGACAAAACACACACGUUUAUAUCGGAUAUGGAGACACUGACGAUUUGCCAGGGACAGAAUUUUCCAAUCGAGCGACGAAACAAAUUAAUUUAAGGAAUCCUAAUUCAGCAAUGGGAGUUAAAGCGGGAUGGAUGGGAGUGGUUUCUGUGAUGCUAGUUAUUUUAUUUGGGAGGAUGUAAUUUGAAAAUAAAUAAAUUUGAGAAAAUUUGAUGUGGUUUAUUUGCAUGAUAAGAA